CCCCACGUCUUUCCCUCCACUUAUUCGACCAGAUUGAACAUUCCGUAGCCCUGAAUAAGAUAAUCAUGAAAUCCUUGCGUCGAAGUGCUCUGGUGCUAUUCUUGAAUCAAACGAACGAGGAGCUGCGUCUGGACACGCAGUCUCAAUGGCCCCAUCAAGGGAAAUGGUCGCUCGGAAAAGAGCCUCCAUCGUUCAUCCUCGCCGGAGGGGGUGCGUUGUGGCAGUCCGAAUCCGCAGGUGUUGGAUGCGGCACGAGCGGAAGCAUCACGUACCGCAUUGUAGGCGGUGCACCAGAACAAAUGGUGGUAACUUCAUGGAAGGUUCCGUACUUUAGGAGAAAUAGCUACCAAGGAAGCGUCACAAUGAAAGAAUUUGAUAUAGAGGUUCAAGGGGGAAAAGGGAGACAUUGCAUAGUCGUUUUCAUCUUCCGGAGUGCGGCUGCUUGCAAUUGAUGAUAGUCUUGCAAUGAGCGGCCGAUCGAGAAGAAGUAGUUUAGCAUUUCCAUUGCAAUGUAGCCUAUGUAGGUCUUGUCAUCAGCAUUAUAUUUUCCAACGUUUUCGCGAAAGGCAUUACCAUACACCGCGCCGGGACCAGUGCGCAGGCCAAAUAGCCGUAGCAGAGCCUAUUUUUCUU